GCUCCGUGAGCAAACUCCGGCCCUCGCCCGGAAGAGAGAGGUGGUUUGUUUUUGGCCUGUGGCGGCGGCGGCGGUCAGUUGCUUGUUGUGUCGGGCAGGGCUGGCGCUAAGAGCGGGCAUCUGAGGGCGAAGAGGAGCAGCAGCACUAGCCGCCAUGGGAGUGCCGAAAUUUUACCGUUGGAUCUCGGAGCGGUACCCUUGCCUCAGCCAGGUGGUGAAGGAGCAUCAGAUUCCAGAGUUUGACAACUUGUACCUGGACAUGAAUGGUAUCAUUCAUCAGUGUUCACACCCGAAUGAUGAUGAUGUUCACUUCAGAAUCUCUGAAGACAAGAUCUUUGCUGAUAUAUUUCACUAUUUGGAAGUAUUGUUUCGCAUUAUUAAACCAAGAAAGGUUUUCUUCAUGGCAGUAGAUGGAGUUGCUCCAAGAGCAAAAAUGAACCAGCAGCGUGGCAGACGUUUUAGGUCAGCAAAGGAGGCAGAGGACAAAAUAAAGAAGGCAUUAGAGAAAGGAGAGACUCUUCCGACAGAAGCUAGAUUUGAUUCCAAUUGCAUUACACCAGGGACUGAAUUCAUGGCCAGGUUGCAUGAACAUCUGAAGUAUUUUGUAAAUAUGAAGAUUUCAACAGACAAAUCCUGGCAAGGCGUAACUGUCUACUUAUCAGGCCAUGAGACACCUGGAGAAGGGGAACAUAAAAUUAUGGAAUUUAUAAGGUCAGAGAAAGCAAAGCCUGACCACGAUCCAAACACAAGGCACUGUCUGUACGGUUUGGAUGCUGACUUGAUUAUGCUUGGACUGACAAGUCAUGAGCCACAUUUUUCCCUUUUAAGAGAAGAGGUCCGGUUUGGUGGCAAAAAGUCACAAAGAGCGUGUGCCCCAGAAGAAACCACUUUUCAUUUACUGCACUUGUCAUUAAUGAGAGAAUAUAUUGACUAUGAAUUCUCACCAGUUAAAGACAAGAUAUCGUUUACAUAUGAAGUUGACAGAAUAAUAGAUGACUGGAUCUUAAUGGGCUUUCUUGUUGGAAAUGAUUUUAUCCCUCAUCUACCUCACUUUCAUAUUAACCAUGAUGCACUGCCACUGCUGUAUAGAACAUACAUGGAUAUUUUGCCUAAACUUGGAGGUUACAUUAAUGAAAGUGGGCACCUCAACUUACCUCGCUUUGAGAAAUACCUUACAAAAUUGUCAGAUUUUGACCGUGAGCAUUUCAGUGAAAUCUUUUUAGAUCUGAAGUGGUUUGAAAGCAAAGUGGGCAAUAAAUAUCUGAAUGAGGCAGCUGGUAUUGCUGCAGAAGAAUCAAGAAUGCAAAAGAAGCGCAAGGCUCAGGAAAACGCUAUGUGCUUGGCUGCUUUGGAGAAAACUGACAAUGGAACUGUAGCAUCUUUAAAAACUUCGUUAGAAGAUGAGCCAGAAGAUGAUGAUUUGUUUGAGACAGAGUUUAGGCAAUACAAAAGAACAUACUAUAUGACCAAGAUGGGUGUAGAAGUAGUCUCAGAUGCCUUUCUAGCUGACCAGGCAGAAUGUUACGUCCAGGCAAUACAGUGGAUAUUGCACUACUACUACCAUGGGGUUCAGUCAUGGAGCUGGUUCUACCCCUACCAUUAUGCACCUUACCUCUCAGAUAUCUGCAACAUCAGUGAACUGAAAAUCCACUUGGAUUUAGGAAAACCAUUCAUGCCGUUUGAACAGCUUCUGGCAGUACUUCCAGCAGCCAGCAAGGAUUUGCUGCCAAAAUGCUACCAGCAUUUGAUGACUGGUGAAGAGUCUCCCAUUAUUGAAUAUUAUCCAACUGAAUUUAAAACUGAUCUAAAUGGAAAGCAACAAGAAUGGGAAGCAGUGGUUUUAAUACCAUUUAUUGAUGAGAAACGAUUGUUAGAAGCGAUGGAAUCCUGCAACAAGUUCUUGACAACAGAAGAAAAACAAAGAAAUAGGCACAGUGAAUGCCUGAUGUACUUCUAUGAUAAAGACGCAGAGUUCCAGUACCUGUCUCCAUGGCCGGAGAAGUUCCCUUCCAUAGAAAGAUGCCGUGCAAAGCAUAAAGCUAUGUCUCUGGACGUCUGGCGUGUAGAUAUAGCCCAAAAUAAAAUAACGAAAUUGGAUAUGGAGAGGCUGUAUUUCUGUGGCUUUCCUACUCUGAAGCACAUUAAUCAUAAGUUCUAUCUGAAAAAAAGUGGGGUACAAGUUUUUCAACAGAGCAGCCAUGGAGAAAAUAUGCUACUGGAAAUAAUGGUUUCCGAUGAUUCAGAGGAACUAAAUGCUGAAAAUGUAGCCAGUUUGGUGCUUGGGAAAUCAAUAUUUGUUAACUGGCCUCACUUGGAAGAAGCCAGAGCUGUUGCUGUAUCAGAUGGUGAAACUAAGUUUCAGUUGGAGGAGCCUCCUGGAACACAGAAGCUCUAUAUGGGGAAUGCUGCCCCACCAACCAAAGCAACAUUUGUUCGAGAUAAAGAACAGAAUAUCUGGGUGAAAGAAAUCCAAGGAAUUUCAGAACAUUACCAGAGAAGAAAAGGAGUAAUCAUAAAUGAAACAUCUGCAGUUGUUUAUGCGCAAUUGCUAACUGGGCGUAGAUACCAGUUAAAUCAAAGUGGUGAAGUGUAUUUGGAGAAGCAGUGGUCCAAGCAAGUUCUACCUUUUGCAUACCAAACAAUUGUCAGGGAUAUAAAGGCCUUUGAUUCCCGCUUCUCCAGUCUCAAAACUUUGGAUGACCUGUUCCCUCUGGGAUGUACAGUCUUCAUGCUGGGAUCACCUUAUUAUGGCUGCACAGGAGAAGUACAGGAUUCAUGUGAUGUUAUCUUGGAAGGCAGAAUUCGUGUUGUUUUCAACAUUCCAUGUGAACCUCAGCUGGAUGCCUUAAUACAGAAUCAGCAUAAAUAUUCUGUGAAGUACAAUCCUGGAUAUGUAUUGGCCAGUCGUCUUGGAGUGAGUGGCUAUCUUGUUUCGAGAUUUACGGGAAGCAUUUUUAUUGGAAGAGGAUCCCGGAGAAAUCCACAUGGAGAGCAUAAAGCAAAUGUGGGGUUGAACUUAAAAUUCAAUAAAAAGAAUGAAGAGGUCCCUGGCUAUACCAAGAAAGUUGGAAACGAGUGGAUGUAUUCCUCAGCUGUAGAGCAACUCCUUGCUGAAUAUCUGGAAAGGACCCCAGAACUUUUUAGUUACCUAGCCAAAAAUGGUCAAGAGGACAUAUUCUACGAAGAUGACAUUUGGCCGGGUGAAGAAGAGAAUGGUGCCGAGAAGGUUCAAGAAAUCAUUGCGUGGCUAAAGGCUCAUCCUGUCAGUGCCCUCUCUCGUUCCUCUUGUGAUUUGCAAAUUUUGGAUAUGGCUAUUGUCGAAAAGAUUGAAGAAGAAGUAGAAAAGUGCAAGCAAAGGAAAAGCAAUAAGAAAGUGCGUGUGACGGUGAAACCUCACUUGUUAUUCAGGCCUUUAGAACAGCAGCACGGAAUUAUACCAGAUCGAGAUGCAGACUAUCGACUGUUUGACCGUGUUGUUAAUGUGAGAGAGUGUUUUUCCGUUCCCCUUGGACUUCGUGGCACUGUGAUAGGAAUUAAAGGAGCCAGCAGAGAAUCUGAUGUUCUGUAUGAAGUACUGUUUGAUGAAGAGUUUCAUGGAGGCUUAACAAUAAGGAGCUCGCCUGGCAGAGGGUACCGCAUUCCAGCCAGUGCCUUAAUCAACCUUUCUUAUGGUAAUCGGUCUGAAACAGGAAAUCAGAAGCUAACUGCCAUAGUUAAACCUCAGCCAGCUGUGAGUCCCUACAACUCAUAUUCACCCGAAUCAUUUUCUGUAUCUACACAAAAAGCACAUCAAGGAGGUCUCAACCAUUCUCCUCGCUCCCUCUUUGUUCCAACUCGACAAGUGAAUGGAAGACAGCAUAACAAUCUCAAGGUUGAAACCCAAGGCAAUUCCAAUUCCCUCCAGAAAGGAGCAUAUUUAAGCAGCAAUCAGAAAUACAAAGCUCAAGAUAAGCAAGAUGAUGAAUUUUGCAGCAUAUGGCAAUCAUUGCAGAGCUCUGGAAAGUCUCAGUCUGCCCAACAUGAUAGGCAUGAGAAGGGUGGAAUUUUACCUCAAUACAUAAAGCUAAAUACGGGUGGCCAGUUCUGCAAACCAGGCUUCAAUGAGAGUAGCUUCAAAGGCCAGCAAAGAAAACAGGAAUCUUUCAGGAAGUCUAAAGACGACUCUAAAGGUCCAAGAACUGACAGCCAAACACAUAAAGGAUCAAAUAAACAGAAUUUUGCAGGUGCUAAUAAGUAUAGUGUGAAGCUAUUGAAGAGGAAUGAAGCCCCCAAUGAGCCAGUAGAACCAAAGUCUGCAGUUGACAGUCCCAGUAUAACUGAAAAGAACGGAUCUGAACUUGAAGACAUUUUGGCGUCUUUGAAAAUUUUCAAAGAAAAAGAGGUGCCACGGUCAUAUCCCAAGGAACCAACUAAUGAAGAACACUUGUCUCCACAGUCUUUUGCUAUGAAAGGAACACAGAUGCUCAAAGAAAUUUUGAAGAUAGAUGGUUCUGACACAGCAGAAGCAAAGUCAGUGGCAAAUGAAGUGUCUGCUCCAACUUGCAGGCAGGAUUCUUGUGUGCCUGCCUCACAACAUACCAGUGCCAAAAAGAUGGCUGCUUUCAUGAACAAAUCCCCUGGCACUGCAGGACCGCAGAACACUCAGGGCAUGGAGGUUGGAGGCCACCCACUUCUUGGACCACCAAACUCAUUAUCCACUCCAGUAUCUGAGCUUUCUCGUAUCUGUUCCCUUCUUGGAAUGCUGCAGCCCGAUUUCUCAUUUCUUAGAACACCACAGACGAUGACAGUUUGUCAAGUAAAGCUAUCCAAUGGCUUAUUAGUACACGGACCUCAAUGUCACUCUGAAAAUGAAGCUAAGGAGAAAGCAGCACUUUUUGCUUUGCAGCAAUUGAGCUCUCUCGGCAUGAACUUUCCUCUGCCACCACCGCCUGUAUUUCCAAAUUAUCAACCCAUGGGAGCUCUUGUGCCUCCUGGAUCCAUUCCUCCAGUCUUCACGCAGCACACCGCUAAUUUGUUUCCUUCACCACCUCAUGCGUUUGGCCCAGUGCCAUGGGGAGCACCAGUUCCAGUCCAUGGGAAACCUUACUUUCCUGGUUCCUAUCCUGGGAAUAUGCCUUUUGCGGGCACUGUACCAGCUGGUGCACACAAUCAGUUUAUACCCUUGCAGGUAACUAAGAAAAGGGUUGCCAGCAAGACUAAUGUUGAGCCAAAGGAGUUCCCAGGUUCUCUUCAAAAUGUGCAGUUAAAGAAUGAACAGUCAAGCAUCGACACUACAAAAAUGAACCCACAGGAUGCUUCUUCAGAACAUUUAAGGUCUCAUCAAGCUGCUCCAUCUUUCCAAGAGAAAAUGGCUCCUUCGAGCUCGGUUGCAUCUCGUAAGAAAUCAAUACCAAAUGUGUCUACCAAGCGAAAGCCCAGAAAACUGGCUGUCAAUUUUGGUGCACCCAAAUCUUCAGAAUAAGUAUGGGUCAUGGAUUACUUUACAUUUCCUUAGUGUUAUAAAACCAAUAAAUAUUAUUUAAAAAA